AUGCGGGACUUGCAUUCACACGAAUUGCACAGGCUGCUCUGGAGUGCACCCUCCAUCCCCACAGAUGUCCCCCGGUCCCAACUAGACACCGCCCUGCCGGUGAGGGCACGGCCGGGGGAGCGGAGUUGGAGGAAAGCUCGGGCGGCGGGGGGGAGGCGGGCGGGCGGUGGAGCUGUCGGGGCGUCUCGGCAGGAGCUCAGGGAGAUUUUCGAGCAGAACAAGUCGUGCAAAAGUCAAUGCUGCCGCCGGGAGCCCCAUGGCUGCGAGUUCCACUGCGCCGAGAAGGGGUCCGAGGGCAGCUUGUGUCACACGCAGGGGGGUGUCCGCACCUGGGGGGAGCCCGCAGGGAGCCAGGGGAAGGGGGACCAGGGCGGGCCCAGUUCCUGGCAGGGGGCGAAGAGCCUGUAUAGCGAGUGUCCCUGCAAGCCGAACCUGACUUGGGUAUUUCCGAAGAACGAGAAAUCGCCUGGAAUCAUCUAUGGCCGUUGUCAGAAAAUUGAAAAAAAGAAGCCAGCUAAGAAAAUGUUCUUCUAA